CCCAAAAAACAAAAAAAGGGACAUCAAAAUGUGCAAAAGGGUCCUACAGCAUAAUCCACUUCUCCACACUGUUGAUCCAUCUGUUCAGUGGGUAAUCCUCAAAAUUAAUCACUAAGUACACUACUGACAGACACAUGGAGCAGAGGCAGUCAUAAUGCAACACAGAAGUGAUGCAUUUAUCUCUGAUGUAGAGAAACUCUGAAUGUUUUUCAGAAGUCAUCAGAUGGAGAGAUCUACUAGAUACUUAAACAAUGUUUUGCUAACCCGACGUACGUAAGAAGUCGUCCUUACACACUGUUCGGAAAAGGGAAGGCACUGUCAAAAAAUAUGUGGCAGGUGAUCGGAUGAACCAUCUGGCUAUCACCGUCUGACCUCAAGAGGCAGCUGGAUUCACAAGAUCAUGCGAGAAUCCUCAUCGGAUGCCGAUUGGUCCCAAGCGCAUGACUUGAAGCCUGACCUGAAUGAUUCAGGCAUGAAGUCAUGAUGUGGUGACCGCUCUAAUCCAGCUGCCUCGCAAGAGCGCAGAGUGCCCAUCCCGACCGGCUAUGGAGUGGUGUUGGCUUCAGACUGGAUGACAGGGUCUACAGGGAGGACAGGGUUACACACUUUCUAAAGCGGCAGCAGUCUUUUCCCCUAAACGUGCACUGAGCGGCAGUGACAGCCGACCUCCUUCUCUCCGUGCUGAUACACUCUCUCUCCCUCCCCCCUCCUCUCCUCCCCCCUCCCUUUCCUCCCCCUCCCUCCUUCCCCACAUAAUCUUUUCCUUUUUCUUUCUUCCCUUUUUAAUUUCUUUAUUCUGUCGCCUCUGACCGUUUUUUUGGGGGGGGGUUUUCGACGGAGCGCGCUCUCUCUCAUCUCUGAGUUCCUGCGACUUUUGACCUUCCUCGCACCGGCUCCAGUAUGAGCUGGCUGAGCAGGUUGAACCCGCGGGGUCCCGGGAGCCGGUCCAGCCGGAGCACCGCCCCCUCCAGCCCCUGCACUGCCGACCCAGAGACCUGCCUCAUGGUGUUUGAGAAUCACUGGAGACAGGUCUCGUGGGUGUUGGAGCAGCACCAGCCGUCCUCGUCCAGCGAUGACCUGACAGCGGUGAGGAAUCACACCGACCAGAUGCUGUGUCUGCUGGCAGAGGAGCGGCCCGCAGAGGUCUCGGAGGGCGGCGCCUCCGUGACGCCGAUGGGCCCCAUACUGGAGCUGGUGGUCACCGAGAACAUCCUGGAGCACCUGGUGCAGUGGCACCUCCGCCGCGGCCUGGACCCGGACAGCCAGGGGGCGCUGUUAAAACUGUUCGAGAUGCUCAUCGGCCAAUCCCAGCAGCCCCUGCUGCAGCACACAGCCGUCCUCCAUCCGCUGCUGAGGCUGCUGGGAGCGUGCGGUGACCCAGAACUUGGUUGUCCUUCAGCCCUAGAAAACAGCCUGGUACUGCUGCUCAAUCAGGUCUGCGUGUCCAUGGCCCGCCAGCCGCUGGUUCUAGAGAUGUUGUUCCGUGCGGCGCCGGCCCAGCAGGGCUCCACCAACCUGCUGAUCUUCUCGCUGCUCGUGCCGUUCAUCCACCGGGACGGAGCCAUCGGACAGCAGGCCAGAGACGCGCUGCUGCUGGUCAUGGCGGCGUCGGCCAGCCACGAGGCCGUGGCCCGCUACAUCGCUGAGAACUCCUACUUCUGCCCGGUUUUGGCCACGGGCCUCAGUGCUCUCUACUCUUCGCUACCCAGGAAGAUCGAGGUCCGAGGCGACGACUGGCACGCGCUGCGGCGGGAGGACUGGAUGGGCGUGUCGUCGCUCGUGCUCUUCAUGAACUCGCUGGAGUUCUGCAACGCUGUGGUGCAGGUCUCUCAUCCCCUGGUCCGCUCCCAGCUUCUGGACUACCUCCACAACGGCUUCCUCGUACCCGUCAUGGGUCCUGCCCUGCAUAAGUCAUCGGUGGACGAGAUGAUCGCCAGCACUGCAUACCUGGACCUUUUCUUACGCAGCGUGACAGAGACUUCCCUCCUUAAAACCUUCCUGCGCUUCAUCCUGCUGCAUCGCCACGACAACGACACCAUCCUGGACACACUGCUCACACGCAUCAGUAGCAAUUCAAGGCUCUGCAUGGUAUCAUUGAGCCUCUUCAGGACUCUUCUCUCCCUGAACUGCGAAGACAUCAUGCUGCAGCUUGUUCUCAGGUAUCUGCUGCCCUGCACCCAUGUAAUGCUGAGUCAGCGUCGUGCCAUCAGGGAGACGGACAUGUACGGAAAGUCAGCAGACAAGUUCCUGGCGCUGAUCCCAGAGUGCUGCCGGCUGAGUGCAGCGCCCUCUGCUGAUCGGGACGAGGACUCUGCUUUCUGGGGCAAAGUGCUGAACAGCCCCAGCACAGAGUCUCCAGCCCCGCCCAGACCCAGCACGCCGUCCCGCUUAGCCUUCUUCAUGCGCCAACAGAGUAGUGGAGGCGGAUCAGGUGGAGGGGGUCCCUCUACCCCCACUAGCAUGGAGCCGCUGCAGUCGGGUCCCCCCAGCUCUCAUCCCCUGUCCCCCGACAGCCCCAUGCACCAGCAGCAGGCCAACACAGAGUGUCUGGACUGGGACUCGGGCUACCUAGAGUACCUCAAAGACGCCCGACGGGGCAUCGAGCUUAGCUCCUGGGCCUGCCGCGACUGGUCGGCGCCUUACGACGGAGAAAACCCCUCCCCGAACACAGCCCCUCCACCCCCGCCUCCCGUUACCUCCACUCCUUCCAUAGCGAUGUUCCCUGAGCACUUCUCUUUCCAGCCGGGAGGAGGCAGUAACACCUCUCCCAGUCAGCAGAGGGCGGCCAUCGUGGCAGCGGCUCGGUCUGAGUGGAGCAGCGCGGAGCGUGACAGCGGGGAGUGGGACGUCACCAUCGGCAAAAAUAACUGCAUCAGCCUCACGCCUCGCUCCAAGAAGCGCAGCCUGCAGAGAGAGGAGCUCCUGCCAAAACCCGUGCCGCCCCUCGUCCCUUCCUCCUCCUCGUCUUCAGCCGCCCCUUUAUCGACAUCCCACCCCGCCUCGUCCCCGGCUCCUCACAUUCCAACCUCCGCCAUCACCGUCAGUUACCAAGCCAUGUACAACGGAACAACGGGAGCGGGGGACGGGUGCACGGACAGUCGAGAUAGAGGACUGGAGGUAAAGAAAGUGAAGAGAGACUUGGGGGAGCAGCAGUACUUGGACGAAAACGCAAAUCAGAACGGAUCCCUCGUCAGCUGCCCCUCCCAAAGCUGUGCUUCUCUCCCACAGUCAAUAUUUAGCAACAGUGACAUGAACGAUGCAAAAUCUCUUUGCCCUAACCAGAUUCCCUCUCAGAGCUCCGUCGCCCAGCCGACGCCGGACACCAAACCGCUGACGUGCGACACCUCAAACCCGCACAGCGCAUCCACAGAUCUUCCAGAAGCCAACCAGACGCAGCAGUCCGUAGAGAGUCUCAUCAAGGAGCUGCUGGAGCAGGCGCCAGGAGACCCACAGCUGCCCGCAGACUCCAACGGCCAGGGCAUCAGCAUCGAGGCCUUCACCCAGGAGCUGAGGGAGCUGGAGGAGCGGGUGAGAGAGCGCGCCAGAGCGGCCUGCCAGCUGGAUGAAAGCACCAGAGCGUCCCUGACCGCCGAGCGGCAGGAGGAGGAACAGCAGCCGCCCUCGGCAAUGGAGGCCAAGCCGACGGGUGACGCUAAGGGAGACGGUUCUGUAGCGGGCGUCUGCAGUCCCGCCAGACCACUAAACCAGCCCGCCCCACAGCCGUACACAGGUCCGUUCAUGGUGGUUCUGUUCACCAAGCUGGAGAACAUGCUCCAAAACUCUCUGUACGUCAACAUCCUGCUGACGGGCAUCGUGGCCCAGCUGGCCUGCUAUCCUCAGCCCCUCCUACGCUCCUUCCUGCUCAACACCAACAUGGUCUUCCAGCCCAGUGUCAAGUCACUGAUCCAGGUUCUAGGUUCUGUGAAGAACCGUAUCGAGGCAUUCGCAGCCUCCCACGAGGACUUCCCCGCCAUGUUGAAGAAAGCCCAGCAGUACCUUGUGGCUCGAGGCAAAGUGGACUGGACCGACUCGCCCGGUGUCCCCACCCUGAGGCGCUCUGAUUCACUGGUGAAGAGUCGUAAACCAUCUCUGGGCGACCUCAUCCUCCGUCACACCAACAGCCCGACCCGGGCCCGACACGCCGCUCAGCUGGCCCUCGCGCACGUACGGGACGGCGGCCAAUCCCUGCACAGCGCUCUGUUCCGCGGCGGCGGAGGAGCCUCUGGCCUGGAGAAACAGGCGGAAGCGCUGCGGGUGAAGAACGCCGUCUACUGCUCCGUCAUCUUCUGCGAGUUCCUCAAGGAGCUGGCCGCCCUGGCUCAAGAGCACGCCGUCAGUCUCCCAUUCUCUCACAGCCAGGAGCCAGAGGAAUAGACGUUAACAUAGACUCUCAUUUCAGCUCUUAGCCCACAUUUCUAGUCAUUCUGGCUGUAAACAGAGUUCUAAAGGACAGACCAGAGCACUGAGACUUUACCGUCUGCUCUGACAGACAGAAGCAAGAUGAACACAGUGGCAUUUUUCUACCAAAAUCAUUAUAGGAUACCUAUAGGACUGGAAAGAUUUUACUCCUCUGUAAACUGUAAUGAUAUUGUGCAUAUCAUGUAUUAUAUUUACAUUGUAUACACAGAAAAUCUCAGUAGAUAGCUUGAGAUUUGGGAUCUUGUACAUACACGUACCAUGGUACCAUAUUCAUGGUAAAAGGUGACAAAGUGAAGCCACAGAUAACAGAAAUAAGUGCACAUACCGGUGCUAGUCGAUACUCUUUACGCUUGAAGGUGAGGUGGCACAAAAACGCCUGACACCAAAAAUAGUUUAAAGCGUAGGUGAGUCAGUUCAGUCAGCUUCGGCCAUCUGCUGACAUCAGUUUUUCCGGCCAAUAGAGAAAGUGCACAGAAAAACGAUAGCGCAUUAUUUCCGUUUCAUCUAGAAAAAUGCUGAGCUGCCAUUAAGACUGAAAUCAAUGAACGAGAUGAAAACUGGAAAACAGGAGAGGGAGAGCACCGCUUCCACUUCCUGUAUAUCAACACGACCAACAAAAAUGUACUGGAAAAAAAAACAUUUCAAGUAAUUCAUACUUUUUUUUGUGUGUUUUUUUUCUGAAAUCGCACCAUUUUUGUAGACAUAUCAUAGCCAGUGUGUAUGUUCGCGUACGGCAGAAUAACAUUUGCUUAUUUUUUAAACGGCUCCUCUCCAUCAGGAAGCUGUUCACUUGUUGCCAUGAAAGAGGCUGUGGGCUUUACAUUUCAUACCUUUUUUAUGUGUCAUUUAGUCUUUUUAAAAAACACUAAGAACGCUGCAAGCAAAAAGGUGAGAAGGGAAAGAAUUAGUUUUUCUUUUUAGGGAACGUUAGCUCGAUUUGCAUUCCCUUUAAACUGACAGUUGAGGCAUUCAGUGACAUUUCUUUGAGCAUAUCUUUGUCUGUUUAGCUAUAAGCAAAAAACAAAAAAAAUCUGCAUUUCAAUUUUAUUUUUUUUAAAUAAUUGUCCCUACCUUCAAAGUGUCCGUGUGGUGAGACAGGCCAAACUGAACACACAACUUAACAUGCUGCUAUUUUCAUUUUUCUUUAAAAACACUAACACCUUUUUUUUUUUUUUUUUUUUUAAAUCAGCUACGAUCUCUUUGUUUGAUAGGUACCAAGUAUAAAUGUGUAUGUGAGCAUGCGGAGGAGUCGGCGUUUAAUUUAUUUCGGUGUGUGAGGUUGAAUGAAGGAGCAGCCACACAGUGUUAAAAGCUUUCAGAAAAGACGCAACAUUCGCUUCAGGCGCUCGUCUUUUCUUCCUCAACGUUAAGCGUCUUUUAGAAGCUUCGCAUUGGUAUGGUAGUAUGGUAGUUUUAUAUGACAGUAACACUCAUGUCAUUUCUUAAUAAGUAUCUCCAAUCGCUAGCCAGGAAACCGAAUGAGUAAGAAAUGACAGAAGCGUAAGAUAAAGCUACCUACCUAUGACUCAGCGUUUCUUGAAAUAAACGGAAGGUUUUUUGCACAUACUAGCCAUCCUCUCUCCACUCGUAGAAGUAUAGAAAUGACCUGCCAUCCUCAAAAGUCUUACACCUGAAAACUGAUAUUGACACGCCAUCUUUUCUUUCUUUUUUCCAAGUGUCUUGACGUUUUUAACAAGUUGAGUUUUUCCCCAACUUGUCAAAGCCAUAAGCGACGGUGGUCGUCUUCAUAAACACGCUCCAUCACUGCUGUAACUCACCUUUUCUACACAAUGAAUUUAUAACACCCCCUCUGUUUUUUUUUUUUCUUUUCUUUGUAAAGUAACCUAUGAAGCCAGGUUUAUAAUUCUAUGUAGUGUAGGGUGAGUUUUACUGGUUUGUGCAACAGUGCCAAACUCAAAUUAGCUUCCGUGCAGGAGCGUUCAGCGUUCCGUGAGUCAUCCGGCUGCCUGCGGAGAUUAGUGGCGGCUGAUUAAAUCUGUAGAAAAACCCCUUCUGUAUUUUACUCACUGCCAUCCGUCCGUCAAUUCAGCCACACUGCAGCACAUCCAUGUGUUGAGAAUGAGAUUAACACAUCAACUUAAUUCCAUUUUUCCUUCCACUUUUUCACUUUUACUCUUAAGAUUGUGGGUUUUUUUUAAACCAUUUCUCUCAGCAGUUCUGUUGAAGUCAACGUUCAGCUUCUUUUUCAGUUCCUCGGUCGGUUAUAGUCGGAACAUUUUCAUCUAUCAGUUAUGUGUUUCUGUGUGGACACCAAAGACAAUCUGUGAAUACCUGAAACUCCCAGUGUCUCUGUUUUAAGCAAUCAUACACAGCUUAAAGUUCCACUAUGUGAACACUGGAACAAACCUUGUAUAGAAAGCACUUUUUAAAAAUGUUAAAAAAUAUAACUAAAAGGAAAAAAAAGUAGUGUUUUAAUGGUUACAGUCCAAACACAACAGAACGGUGGUAUUUAACAGCCUCCCUCUACGAUUUUAUAGGAAAAUGUUAAGGAAAAGACCGAUAACAUUAUAAUAAAAACACUGUUCAUUUCUCAGAUGUGGAGAGAUGGUAUCAUUGCUGUGACAUACUUGGAUAAUAGAACAAACGGCCAGACAUACAAAAUAAGAUGAGGGCAAAGUGUGUUGAGAUUCAACCCUGAUUGAUAAAAAGGGAGUUACUCAGUGUUGCAAAACUCAUAUUUUCAAUUAUUGGCAUUGAUCCUGUGCUACUGAUUUUUAAUUUUUAUUUUUUUCUUAAUUGAGGGUUGUAGCUCACACUCACUGCUUUUUAAAGAAAUACUUGUAUUUCAUUUUAAGAAUACAAAGACAAGACAAAGGGGUGAUUUUCUAAGGCAUUAUUGGGCGGUGCCGAUAUGGAAAAGCGUAACUCAUAAAAUAUACUGAAGGCAUCAUGUUCACUGCGAUGGAUUACUGAGCUUUAUCAAAGUGGUUUUUCAUACUUGAAGGGCAGCAGAUGGUGGAAAAGUGAAAACCUCCAACUGCAGACACCAAUAGGAAUUAUGGACCAAUACUGAUCAUUUCAAUCUACAUUUGAGAAUAAAAGUAUUUAGUUAUUACAAUAAGCAGCUGCUUAUGGAAACCACUGUAACAAAGUGAGAAAACCAAAUUUCAACCAAAAACUCUUAUAUAAUGUAAAAUUAAUAAGUUAGGGCCUCCAAACUGUAUCAAAACUUUUUUUUUUAAUGUGAUGACUUGAAGCAUUUUUUAAAUGUUUCUUUUUUUCCAGGCAGAUGUUCAUGUAUUGAGUUUCUAUGUUUUGUAUAUUAGAGAUUACAUCCAUUUCACACAGCAAGCCAAAGCGGUUCACCAUCACUGACUUUCACUUGAAUUAUAGAUGUUCAAACGUCUUGAAAUCACAAAAGGCGACACGAUUCACGAGCUUUCACGUCACAGUUUGAGUUGCAGAUAUAAACGGUUAGAUAGUUUUACUCUUCCAGUCAUUUCAACUGUACGAAUGCCACAAUUUAAACCUGAGUUUCCUCUGAAGGACUCCAUUCCUUUUCACGUUCCAUACACUUUGUGCCAUGUUCGAUGUAGAUCUUUCACGUGUUGAUUUGUAAAGCUCAUCACAGGAUGUAGAGUAUGUAUCUCCUUUAAUUUCCCCUCUCUUGUUCUUUUUUGAAAAGCUUCGACUUUACCCCCCCCCCCCCCCCCCCGACAUAUUUCCCCUGCGAUCUAUGCAAAACAUGCUCUGGUGUCCCCCCCCCCCCCCCCCCCCCGCCCCAGUUUGAAGCAGGUGAAAUGAUGUGGACUGGUGUAAUGUGUAAAUACUGUAAAAAAACAAAAACAAAAAAAAUAAUGGGUCAAAAAUGCAGAAGUAUGUGACAUAACCAACCGGGCAGAAUGAAAAUUACACUCAAGUAAUGUAACGAUGAAUGUUGUCAGAAAUAUUUUUCUAUAUUUUGAAAAUCAUUAGGGGAAAAAAAGGACACAAAUACAAUGUGGGGGAAAAAGCUGUCAGAAGAACACUACAAAGGGAAUGUUUUUAUUAAUUUAUAAAUUCUUU